CUUUAGUCUGGACACAGAAGGGAUGCAGCUGGAAAUUCCAGUGGUAGCUAUGUACUCUGGUCAUUGAGCAAAUUAUUGGUCGUUCCCAUGUUUUAUGCAAAACAGAUUUUUCAAAUGGAAAAAGUAGUAAAUCCGAAGUCGUGAGAAUAUCAUGCCUUUCAUACAUGCACGAGGGAUCCAUUGCAAGUACGUGAACCAGACUAGCUAGCUAAGCUACUGUUAGCAUCACUUGCCCUGGUAUGCUGGUGGUUUGUCCCUGACGCUAUGUUUUUAUAUAAUUGAUUUUGUCACAGGGUAAAGCAGUGGCGCACCGCUAAAAGGUUUAACGUAGGAACUCUGUGCUAAAAUGACAUGAAGUCAGAACAUGCCUUGGGAUGACUCCUUUUGCAACUUUGUUACUAAUGUUUCCGUUCGUAAACACUGCGUCGCUACAUGCAUUUAAUUGUGUUAUGCGUGAGGUAAUAGCUAAACAUUGUCCAUGCUUGCCUGCUGUGUAGCUAGUUAUGUUAGUUAGCUAUCGAUAGCUCAUUUAUGCAAGCCACAGCUUGGAUUUUAAUUUGUCAGUAAACCAAAGAGAUGUUACUUAUAUGAGUAUGACAUACAUGGUAUGUAUGAUACUGUAGAUGAUCAACAACUGGGAUAUGUUUGCUGACACUGGCCACACAUGAAAUGAGACGAUAUGGAUCCGCAGUUAUCCUUUUUUUUUUGCAAAUAGCUGUCCUGCAUAACUAAUCGAUUGCCAGCUAACAACAACUGGAUGACGAAGAAGGCCAUUCUGUGUGGAGGAGACAUGUAAAUUGACUUUAUUGCUUAUUUACGGUAUAUGCCAUCGCGCCAACAAACCUUUAAACUGGUCUACUAUGGCGGUUAGCGGGGUGAGUCUUCUUUCCCAAUCCGGGGACGUGGCUGUCCCGGGAGUGGUUCUGUCUGCUAUGCCUUCUUCCAACACGCCAAUGUCUGGCCCCCCCACGCGAAAUGCGGACACCCGUGGCUGCGAGAAUGGUGACUUGAUGGACUCUUUCGGCAUCUUCCUGCAAGGCCUGCUAGCGAUGGUGGCCUUCAGUACGCUGAUGUGUGAGUACAGCCAACCAGACGCCCACUCUGACUGAAAAAUUGACUUAUGGUCGUUUGUUCUGUGCUGUUAGGCCUACUGUAAAAUGGAAUUUCACUGUGCAGUGUUGAAAUUGGAUAACCUGUUUAGGCUACUUGUUUAGAAUGGAAGUCUGUUUUUGAUUGUCAAUAAUUACUGGCAAUCACUGGCAGUCAUUACCUAUACAUUUUGUCUCAAGACUGGAUUAUACAGUGUGAAAUGUGUUGUCCCAUCCUCAUAGUGUUCAUUUUUGGCCAUGGUAGAGAGGAGUUGAGUGCCUCUUUGACCUCUGAGUCAGUGUUGCCCUGGUAGAGAGGAGCCUCACAGCAACAACAGCAAGAGGUGAGGCAUUUUCAGCUCUCAGAGCAGCGAUGAUGCCUGAGGCAGCGUUCUCAGCAGGAAUUGAGUCGGCCUGAAUCUAGGCCUGCAUCACAUUCACACAGCCCAGCCUACACGCAGGGUGUGUCAGUAGUUACACACUCAACACAACAUAAUAGUCUGAGGGAGCCUGAAGUCACAGCAUACCCAUAUGCAAAUUCGCCUGUAAACAUUUGUUUGGGCAAUACACUAGGAAAACUAGCUACCCUUUUGACAGGUGACAUAGACACACAUACUUUACACAGACACGCGCACAGUAAAGUGUUUAAUACACACAUUAGGAUAUUGUUGUCUAGUGGUGUCAUAUCUUAAACCCAAAUUGAGGAUGGGGUAUGUCCGGUAGAUUAGUCAUAAAUCAUUAAACCACUUUUCUCUCACCCAGCAAUAAAUCAUGUGUAAUGGAGGUUAGGAGAGGGCAGGCAUGGAAACAAGCUGACUAUUGUCUGGAACAGCCAGAGCAUUAUUUAUCAGCCAUUACAUUGUGUUCAGAAUGCACACGCUUGCAUCACUCACACAGGGAUUAAUUAAAGUGUAGGCCUAGACUUUAGAAAAAAGGGCUUGCGCCUUGUACACAUAAGCGCCUAAACCCCAGAGUAGUAGUCACUGAGACAGGUAGUUUGUCUUUCAUGUAGGCUUUUGUGUUUGAACACACUCCAACCUACAGUCGGGCCAGUAACCGAAAGGUUGCUUGUUCGAAUCCCAGAGCCAACGAUGUGAAAAAUCUAACGAUGCCCUUGAGUAAGGCAUUGAACCCUUAUUGCUCCAGGGUAGCCGUUAGCAGACCCUGGCCGUGACCCAACUCUCCGAGGGUGUCUCAGGGAGCGUUCGGAUAUGCAAAAAACACAUUUCCAAUCAAACAUGUGCAUUAAUACACACUUGUACAUGUGUGGAACAGGACAAAUAUAAGCACCCACCUUAUUAUUAUGAUCAUCCCCAUUCUUCCAGGACCAGGUUGGUACCCCAGGUGAUAAUGCUGAAAUGUGACCAGGACAGUGAGACAUGUAAAAUGACAAUGCCUGCCUGGUGUCACAUACUGUUAGCGGGUCCUCUGAUCUAACUAUGGGUUUGAUUACAGUGCCAAAUGCACUACAUGGCACAUUUCUUCCAGCUCAUAAGAUACAACCCAAGUAUUUCCUCUGCUCACAGGGCAAGGGAGAUUUGGCGGAUAAUCAUGAUCAUGAUCGGCACAUUAGUGACAAGCAGUGACAGCAGCUUGACUACAAUUUUAGUACGUAAUGUACAGUACAGUAGUCUGCCACUUCCUCUUAACAUUCACCCUUCCUCUAUGGUCUCACCUCGUGUAAACAUGGCAUCGCAAUAGCUGACUUGUUAAGGGAAUAUAGCCUAAUGAACAUUGUUUGCUUCAGUCUUAAGUCUAUUAGUUAGGGGUUAGGCUAUGAUGCUAAAUGUAGCCUAGUUAAAGGGGACUCUGAACUGCAUUUCCCAUCACACUGUCCAUAUUCAUAGAAAUAGGCCUGUUACACUUUGUGCUGAGAUGUUGCCCAUCAUACUAAACUUGAUGAUGGAAGUGUAAAGCCUAUUUAAGUUCAGACUGGAGCUGGCCUUAAUUAAUUUACAUUAAUAGAAUGAUUGAAUUUAGGGAUACUGAUUAAUCCCACUGCUGUCGUGGGUGUGUGAGAGCGGCAGUCCUAUAUGUGACUCUCUGUGUCCUGUCCACAGUGAAGCGCUUCAGGGAGCCCAAGCAUGAGCGAAGACCCUGGAGGAUCUGGUAAGACGGCAGCCGUCUCACUCCCACUUCCAACCAGAGUAUUCAAGCUUAUCCUCUUCAAUAUUGCUAUUAACCAAGAAACGCAACAAAGAUAAACACAAGACAAAUUGUGAAUUUUUCUAAUGUCAUGUUGAGCUAUUGAAAUAACUUGAAUGCUCAAGAGUUCUUAAAGGGCCCUCCUCUACCCGGCAACUCUACCAGGUUCCUGGACACCUCCAAACAGGCCAUUGGUAUGCUAUUCAUUCACUUUGCCAACAUCUACCUGUCUGACCUCACAGAGGAGGACCCCUGCUCACUGUGAGUGUGUCUCUGUAUGUAUGUAUGUGUGUGUGUGUGUGUGUCUGUCAGACAUUGUGUUUGUCUGUCUGUCCGUCUUUGUGCCUCUGUAUUUGUGUGUAUAUAGUAUAGUCUGUGUAUGUAGUAUAGUCUGUGUGUAUCUAUACAUAUACAGUGGGGAGAACAAGUAUUUGAUACACUGCAGAUUUUGCAGGUUUUCCUAGUUACAAAGCAUGUAGAGGUCUGUAAUUUUUUAUCAUAGGUACACUUCAACUGUGAGAGACGGAAUCUAAAACAAAAAUCCAGAAAAUCACAUGGUAUGAUUUUUAAGUAAUUAAUUUGCAUUUUAUUGCAUGACGUAAGUAUUUGAUCACCUACCAACCAGUAAGAAUUCCGGCUCUCACAGACCUGUUAGUUUUUCUUUAAGAAGCCCUCCUGUUCUCCACUCAUUACCUGUAUUAACUGCACCUAUUUGAACUCGUUACCUGUAUAAAAGACACCUGUCCACACACUCAAUCAAACAGACUCCAACCUUUCCACAAUGGCCAAGACCAGAGAGCUGUGUAAGGACAUCAGGGAUAAAAUUGUAGACUUGCACAAGGCUGGGAUGGGCUACAGGACAAUAGGCAAGCAGCUUGGUGAGAAGGUAACAACUGUUGGCGCAAUUAUUAGAAAAUGGAAGACGUUCAAGAUGACGGUCAAUCACCCUCGGUCUGGGGCUCCAUGCAAGAUCUCACCUCGUGGGGCAUCAAUGAUCAUGAGGAAGGUGAGGGAUCAGCCCAGAACUACACAGCAGGACCUGGUCAAUGACCUGAAGAGAGCUGGGACCACAGUCUCAAAGAAAACCAUUAGUAACACACUACGCUGUCAUGGAUUAAAAUCCUGCAGCGCACGCAAGGUCCCCCUGCUCAAGGCAGCGCAUGUCCAGGCCCGUCUGAAGUUUGCCAAUGACCAUCUGGAUGAUCCAGAGAAGGAAUGGGAGAAGGUCAUGUGGUCUGAUGAGACAAAAAUAGAGCUUUUUGGUCUAAACUCCACUUGCCGUGUUUGGAGGAAGAAGAAGGAUAAGUACAACCCCAAGAACACCAUCCCAACCGUGAAGCAUGGAGGUGGAAACAUCAUUCUUUGGGGAUGCUUUUCUGCAAAGGGGACAGGACGACUGCACCGUAUUGAGGGGAGGAUGGAUGGGGCCAUGUAUCGCGAGAUCUUGGCCAACAACCUCCUUCCCUCAGUAAGAGCAUUGAAGAUGGGUCGUGGCUGGGUCUUCCAGCAUGACAACGACCCGAAACACACAGCCAGGGCAACUAAGGAGUGGCUCCGUAAGAAGCAUCUCAAGGUCCUGGAGUGGCCUAGCCAGUCUCCAGACCUGAACCCAAUAGAAAAUCUUUGGAGGGAGCUGAAAGUCUGUAUUGCCCAGCGACAACCCCGAAACCUGAAGGAUCUGGAGAAGGUCUGUAUGGAGGAGUGGGCCAAAAUCCCUGCUGCAGUGUGUGCAAACCUGGUCAAGACCUACAGGAAACGUAUGAUCUCUGUAAUUGCAAACAAAGGUUUCUGUACCAAAUAUUAAGUUCUGCUUUUCUGAUGUAUCAAAUACUUAUGUCAUGCAAUAAAAUGCAAUUUAAUUACUUAAAAAUCAUACAAUGUGAUUUUCUGGAUUUUUGUUUUAGAUUCCGUCUCUCACAGUUGAAGUGUACCUAUAAUACAAAUUACAGACCUCUACAUGCUUUGUAAGUAGGAAAACCUGCAAAAUCGUCAGUGUAUCAAAUACUUGUUCUCCCCACUGUAAAUGCAACAUGUAAAGUGUUGGUCCCAUGUUUCAUGAGCUGAAAUAAAAGAUCCCAGAAAUGUUCCAUACGCACAUUGUGUGCACAAAUGUGUUUACAUCCCUGUUAGUGAGCAUUUCUCCUUUGCCAAGAUAAUCCACCCACCUGAUAGUAGUAGCAUAUCAAGAAGCUGAUUAAACAGCAUGAUCAUUACACAGGUGCACCUUGCACUGGGGAAAAUAAAAGGCCACUUUAAAAUGUGGAGUUUUGUCACACAACAUAAUGCCACAGAUGUCUCAAGUUUUAAGGGAGCGUGCAGUUAGCAUGCUGACUGCAGCAAUGUCCAACAGAGCUGUUGCCAGAUAAUUUAACGUCGUUUUAGAGAAUUUGGCAGUACAUCCAACCGGCCUCACAACCGCAGACCACGUGUAACCACGCCAGCCCAGGACCUCCACAUCCGGCUUCUUCACCUGCAGGAUCUUCUGAGGAGGGGUUGCUGAGGAGUAUUUCUGUCUGUAAUAAAGCCCUUUUGUGUGGAAAAACAAAUUCUGAUUGGCUGGGCAUGGCUUCCAAGUGGGUGGGCCUAUGCCCUCCCAGGCUCACCUAUGGCUGUGCCCCUGCCCAGUCAUGUGAAAUCCAUAGAUUAGGGCUUAAUGAAUUUAUUUCAAAUGACUGAUUUCCUUCUAUGAAAUGUAACUCCGUAAAAUCGUUGAAAUUGUUGCAUGUUGCGUUUAUAUUUUUGUUCAGUAUUGUCUCUAUAACAUUGUGUCCACCUCAACCUUGAAGUGCAUAAUGUCUCCUCUCUCUUCCUCAGUUACCUCAUUAACUUUCUCCUGGAUGCGUCUCUUGGAAUGCUGCUGAUCUAUGCCGGGGUGAGGGCCGUCAGUGCUAUCAUAGAGUGGAGGCAGUGGGACGCUCUACGCUUCGGAGAAUAUGGUGAGGGUGUGUGUGUGUUUGUCAGUGUGGAUGAGAGAGAAUUUCACCCUGUAGUACACAUGGUGUCCAGAAGAGGGGAGUGGCUGCCUCGUGCACUACUGCAAUGUCAUCCAGAUCAAACAUAGUCGAUCACUGUUAACUUGUUUACCCAAAGGCAGAGUUUAUGGAAACCUUUCCCUGGUGCUUUGAUUUAAAGGGGUAAUCCGCAGUAGACCUGGAGAAAUGUAACCACUCUCAAAUUCAUAGACAGAGCUUUGGAUGGUUUUAACCAUGUUUUGAGGCUAUGUAGUGUUUGUUCACACAUAUAUUGUUUACAAACAUUGGAGUAAAACAAGCUUAUAUAUUGGGUUCUGAUGGGGUAUGACAGUUAAACCGAGGCAUUUAGAAUUUGUUUUUCAAGAUUCAAUGGAUAUCAUUUCUAAGUCCUCAAAUCAAAUGUUAUUUGCUACAUGUGCCGAAUACAACAGGUGUAGACCUUACGUGAAAUGCUUACUUACAAGCCCUUAACCAACAAAGCAGUUUUAAGAAACUGUGUGGCCUGUAGCAACUGCAGAUUGCCCCUGUAAGUGGAAGAUUCAGUGGCUUGCGAAAGUAUUCAACCCCCUUCGCAUUUUUCCUAUUUUGUUGCCUUACAACCUGGAAUUAAAAUAGAUUUUGAAGAUGCAAAAUAUUUUUUCUUGUGAAACGAACAAGAAAUAAGACAAAAAAACAGAACUUGAGUGUGCAUAACUAUUCACCCCCCCCAAAGGCAAUACUUUGUAGAGCCACCUUUUGCAGCAAUUACAGCUGCAAGUCUCUUGGGGCAUGUCUCUAUAAGCUUGGCACAUCUAUCCACUGGGAUUUAUGCCCAAUCUUCAAGGCAAAACUGCUCCAGCUCCUUCAAGUUGGAUGGGUUCUGCUGGUGUACAGUAAUCUUUAAGUCAUACCACAGAUUCUCAAUUGGAUUGAGGUCUGGGCUUUGACUAGGCCAUUCCAAGACAUUUAAAUGUUUCCCCUUAAACCACUCAAGUGUUGCUUUAGCAGUAUGCUUAGGGUCAUUGUCCUGCUGGAAGGUGAACCUCCGGCCCAGUCUCAAAUCUCUGUAAGACUGAAGCAGGUUUCCCUCAAGAAUUUCCCUGUAUUUAGCGCCAUCCAUCAUUCCUUCAAUUCUGACCAGUUUCCCAGUCCCUGCCGAUGAAAAACAUCCCCACAGCAUGAUGCUGCCACCACCAUGCUUCUCGGGGUGAUGAGAGGUGUUGGGUUUGCGCCAGACAUAGCGUUUUCCUUGAUGGCCAAAAAGCUCAAUUUUAGUCUCAUCUGACCAGAUUACCUUCUUCCAUAUGUUUGGGGAGUCUCCCACAUGCCUUUUGGCGAACACUAAACGUGUUUGCUUAUUUUUUUCUUUAAGCAAUGGCAUUUUUCUGGCCUCUUCCAUAAAGGCCAGCUCUGUGGAGUGUACGGCUUAAAGUGGUCCUAUGGACAGAUACUCCAAUCUCUGCUGUGGAGCUUUGCAGCUCCUUAUGGGUUAUCUUUGGUCUCUUUGUUGCCUCUCUGAUUAAUGCCCUCCUUGCCUGGUCCGUGAGUUUUGGUGGGCGGCCCUCUCUUGGCAGGUUUGUUGUGGUGCCAUAUUCUUUCCAUUUUUUAAUAAUGGAUUUAAUGGUGCUCCGUGGGAUGUUGAAAGUUUCGGAUAUUUUUUUAUAACCCAACCCUGAUCUGUACUUCUCCACAACUUUGUCCCUGACCUGUUUGGAGAGCUCCUUGGUCUUCAUGGUGCCGGUUGCUUGGUGUUGCCCCUUGCUUAGUGGUAUUGCAGACUCUGGGGCCUUUCAGAACAGAUAUAUACACUGCUCAAAAAAAUAAAGGGAACACUUAAACAACACAAUGUAACUCCAAGUCAAUCACACUUCUGUGAAAUCAAACUGUCCACUUAGGAAGCAACACUGAUUGACAAUAAAUUUCACAUGCUGUUGUGCAAAUGGAAUAGACAACAGGUGGAAAUUAUAGGCAAUUAGCAAGACACCCCCAAUAAAGGACUGGUUUUGCAGGUGGUGACCACAGACCACUUCUCAGUUCCUAUGCUUCCUGGCUGAUGUUUUGGUCACUUUUGAAUGCUGGCUGUGCUUUCACUCUAGUGGUAGCAUGAGACGGAGUCUACAACCCACACAAGUGGCUCAGGUAGUGCAGCUCAUCCAGGAUGGCACAUCAAUGCGAGCUGUGGCAAGAAGGUUUGCUGUGUCUGUCAGCGUAGUGUCCAGAGCAUGGAGGCGCUACCAGGAGACAGGCCAGUACAUCAGGAGACGUGGAGGAGGCCGUAGGAGGGCAACAACCCAGCAGCAGGACUGCUACCUCCGCCUUUGUGCAAGGAGGAGCAGGAGGAGCACUGCCAGAGCCCUGCAAAAUGACCUCCAGCAUGCCACAAAUGUGCAUGUGUCUGCUCAAACGGUCAGAAACAGACUCCAUGAGGGUGGUAUGAGGGCCCGACGUCCACAGGUGGGGGUUGUGCUUACAGCCCAACACCGUGCAGGACGUUUGGCAUUUGCCAGAGAACACCAAGAUUGGCAAAUUCGUCACUGGCGCCCUGUGCCCUUCACAGAUGAAAACAGGUUCACACUGAGCACAUGUGACAGAGUCUGGAGACGCCGUGGAGAACGUUCUGCUGCCUGCAACAUCCUCCAGCAUGACCGGUUUGGCGGUGGGUCAGUCAUGGUGUGGGGUGGCAUUUCUUUGGGGGGCCGCACAGCCCUCCAUGUGCUCGCCAGAGGUAGCCUGACUGCCAUUAGGUACCGAGAUGAGAUCCUCAGACCCCUUGUGAGACCAUAUGCUGGUGCGGUUAGCCCUGGGUUCCUCCUAAUGCAAGACAAUGCUAGACCUCAUGUGGCUGGAGUGUGUCAGCAGUUCCUGCAAGAGGAAGGCAUUGAUGCUAUGGACUGGCCCGCCCGUUCCCCAGACCUGAAUCCAAUUGAGCACAUCUGGGACAUCAUGUCUCGCUCCAUCCACCAACGCCACGUUGCACCACAGACUGUCCAGGAGUUGGCGGAUGCUUUAGUCCAGGUCUGGGAGGAGAUCCCUCAGGAGACCAUCCGCCACCUCAUCAGGAGCAUGCCCAGGCAUUGUAGGGAGGUCAUACAGGCACGUGGAGGCCACACACACUACUGAGCCUCAUUUUGACUUGUUUUAAGGACAUUUCAUCAAAAUUGGAUCAGCCUGUAGUGUGGUUUUCCAUUUUAAUUUUGAGGGUAACUCCAAAUCCAGACCUCCAUGGGUUGAUAAAUUUGAUUUCCAUUGAUAAUUUUUGUGUGAUUUUGUUGUCAGCACAUUCAACUAUGUAAAGAAAAAAGUAUUUAAUAAGAUUAUUUCAUUCAUUCAGAUCUAGGAUGUGUUAUUUUAGUGUUCCCUUUAUUUUUUUGAGCAAUGUAUAUACUGAGAUCAUGUGACAGAUCAUGUGACACUUAGAUUGCACACAGGUAGUCUUUAUUUAACUAAUUAUGUGACUUCUGAAGGUAAUUGGUUGCACCAGAUCUUAUUUAGGGUCUUCAUAGCAAAGGGGGUGAAUACAUAUGCACGCACCGCCUUUCCGUUAUUUAUUUAUUUAAUUUCACUUCACCAAUUUGGACUAUUUUGUGUAUGUCCAUUACAUGUAAUCCAAAUAAAAAUUAAUUUAAAUUACAGGUUGUAAUGCAACAAAAUAGGGAAAACGCCAAGGGGGUGAAUACUUUUGCAAGGCACUGUAGAGUUCCAGUUAACUGCCAUCUGUCUGGGUAUUUCUGUGGGUUGGUAUUUGUCUGUGUUGCUUGUUUGUUUCUGUCUAUUGGAUUGUGUGUCUAGUCCAUAGGUCAUGAGUCCAUCUUUCCUUAGUAACUGUGUGUGUGUGCGCAGGAGAACCAGGGCAGUGUACUGCGUGGGCGGGCCAGUGUGCUCUCUACAUCCUCAUCAUGAUGUUUGAGAAGGUCCUCAUCAUCCUGGUCUUACUCCUCCCCCAAUGGAAGAAGGUGAGUAGGGGGCAUAAUGGGUAGGUUCCUGACCAUUGUGUCAGUUCAGUUAUAUUAUGACUGUGGAAAGUGUAUGAGUACUAACAUUACUGUAAACUGUUUCUAUCGUUUUAACUGCGGUGUGUGUGUUUGUAUACUGUUUAUUUGCUGUCCUAUGUGUUUGCAUGUUGUGCUCAUAUGUAUGUGUGUGUCACAGCUGGCUCUCCUGAACCCCAUAAACAACCCUCAGUUGGAGCUGGCCAUCGUCAUGCUCAUCGUCCCGUUCUUCGUUAACGUAAGUUAAGUGUGCAGUGCCUCCGUGAGGCAGGGCUCAAUUGAAAAUAAAUGUAGGAAUGUUAAUGGUUAACCGUUAAUCGGUUAGUUGCUGAAAAUACAUUUGACUGGUCUUGCUUAUCGGUCUAUAAGGUAAUUUUGUGGAAUUAAAUUGGCACGUGUGUAUCUUCGUUAGUCGUCAUGUAUAUUAUUUAUCACACGCACAGCAUACAGAGCCUAGUUUGAGGAGCGGAAUAGCCUACCACCUGUCAGACAGCGCGAGAGUAGUUCCUCAAAAAGUCUGUAGGCAGUGGAGUGAGACCUGCUUUUGUAAGCCCAGUCAUUGCGCAACAAUUAACAAUUCUAAAUGCAAUCGCGUGUUAAACUUUGGUGGCCACGAUUAAAAGGAGCUCUUUUUAUUUCUCAAUCUCAACUUGUAAUUAAAGCGCGCCUCCCAUUCGCCAUUCAGGUGUUUAGUCUAUAGCCUGCCUACCGUUGACUGUCAGCUCGUCACCCACCACUUUGCAAUGUGAGCUCGAGGCAGUAUAAUUGUUUGAAACCUGAUAGUUUUACUUUACUUCAAAUUAUGAGGCAUGUCUUACCUUGCUUCAAAGUAACCUUACGAAAAUCGAUCCGUAGAAACGUGGAGGCAAUUAUUUGGUAAGACUUCCUCAUGCCAUUAACCAGCAUUUCUCUCCUGUUCUAAUUCAUUUCAACUUUCUUUCGUUGUCCAGAAGCCAAAGGCACAAUCCAUAUUAGCAACCCAUCAUAGUUGUUGCUAUUACAUUCCCCCUCUUUCUACAUUUCUAACUGAGAUUUUAAUCUCUGUCACAACUGCUCGAAGUAGGUUUAGAAUGGUGUUUUCCGCAAAUGUUUGAAAAUGACGUUUUAUUAGCUGCUUCAUUACAGGAGUUGUAUGUUCAAUAAUAGCCUUUUGAACUAUAAUACGAUAGGCUUGCUAUUGUUGCAUGUUUCCAUUAAGCUCUUAAUGAAAAAUGUCUGGUCCUUGUAUGAAUGCAUAGGAUCAGAGUGGAAGAGACAAAGCGAGAGGUUUCACUCUCGCCAAAAUCUGUCCAAAAUGAGCCCAAUAGGUUUCUAUGGGCUUAUUUUGGGCCUAAGCUUGUCGCCUGCAUUCCUGCCUUGGGCCAACACCCAUUGUUAGGGCGGAAACAUAAGCAUUUCGUCAUUAUAUACAGAUUUCUAAUAGUAUUUUCUGUUGGUCUAGUCAUUUUACUGUUUGGAAAAAAUGCAACCGUUUUUUGACCGGUUAAUGAGGGUCAGUUACUUGGCAGCAAACUUGACCGACAUUUGAAAUGUAAUGGUUCUACUUCAUAGGUUGUUGUUUGCUACAACUAAGUGCAUUUGAUGUGAUGUUUAUGUCUACGGAUUUCAGCCAUUUAGGCUUGUGAUGUUUGUGUGAUCAUCAAACUGUCUAGUGUCUGAUGUUGUACUUGCUCAUUGAGCUGUGUACUGUAUGUUUUCCUCAGGCCCUGAUGUUUUGGGUGGUAGAUAACUUCCUGAUGAAGAAGGGGCGGACAAAAGCCAAGCUGGAGGAGCGAGAGGUGGGGGAGGACGUGCGGGGCAACAGUAAGGUGCGCUACAGACGGGCACUCUCCCACGACGACGCAGAGUCUGAGGUAAGACCUGGACACAGGGCCAUUUAUAAAGUCAUGGACACAGAAUGCUUAGUAAAAGACCAAGGCCUAAUCACACAACCAUUCACACAAUCACAAAACCGUUCAUACACCUAUUCACAUACACUGAGUAUACCAAACAUUAGGAACACCUUCCUAAUAUUGAGUUGCAAUAAACACUGAUUGAAGUGGAUUUUAAUUGGAUCAAUAAGAGAUCAUAGCUUUCACCUGGAUUCACCUGGUCAGUCUCUCAUGGAAUGAGCAGGUGUUCUUAAUGUUUUGUACACGCAGUGUACAUUACACACACUAAAGCACUGGAAAAGCUGGUUUUGGGAAAGAGCUCUGGAAAAUCCUUAGGAGGAAUAUAGACUAAGUCCUAAGAUUUGAUUCUGAGCCUCGUCCACCUCUCCUCCUUACCCCAAAAGCCCUCUCCUCGCAAGCCCUGUGUGGCCUCUCUCUCCUCCAUUGCCUCAGGCUGACGUAGGCACUGGGCUAAGCUACAUCCUCCCUGACCUCCCCUGGCUGUGUAGAGAAACUUGCCCAGCACCAGCAGAAGCCUGUCUCUGGGCUGUGAAUCACUCCACCCUUUGCCCAUGGCCAGUCACUUUACAGGCCUGUAAACCAGGUGGGCCCUGCGAUCUGCUCCACAGACCAGAGACGACCACCACACUCACAAACAUUCAUGCAUGAAGUCAUUUAAGUCUGCCUUGAGCAGGGCGAUUUCUUAUGAAUCAGAAACUAUCAAAACAAACUGUCCAUCAUUAUAAGGAGUGUUUUUUUCUGAAUCCGGAGCACCACAUUUCUUAUCAUAAAUGGUAGUAGUGAGUUGCUUUGGUAUCAAAUGUUGAGCUGAUUGUGAUAGCUAGGUAAUUGGUUUCUUCAGUUACAGAUGGUGACUCAUGGGUCACCCAUAGCACCAUUGACCUUGUUUAGUGACAGUGGAUUCUAGGAGUUAAGUGUGUUCCCUGACUGGGAAUCAAACCCAGGCCACAGCAGUGAGAGCACCAAAUCCUAACCACAUCAGGUAGCUAUAUCUAAUAUUAGGAAUGCAUGUCCUAUGGAAUUACCAGUAUAUGGAAUUUGUGGCAUGUGACAGGGGAGUAGUUUCUCAUAGUCAUCUGGGUGUAGUGUACCAGACUGUGAGCACUUCCUCCAGUCACAGGAGCUAUCUGCAAUCAACCAGUGGGCCCAAAGCCACUAUUAAAGAAACACUGCUGUACAGGUGAACACGUAACAUAGAUGGCUUUAGUAAUCUGCCUCAAGCUGAAAUAAUGUCUGUCAACAUAAAGAUUCAGAGCAGUGACCUUAUAGCUCUCGCAUUAUAAAAGGGGGCAUAUAGCUAUGUUAUCACAGGCUUAUUUUAUUGUGAUGAGUUGGAGCUAGUUUUUGCUUCAGUAAAAGAGGCUGACGUAUUGGUUUACAAUGUGAAAAAAAAAAACCUGAUGGCAAGCUUCAAUACUACACCCAAAUACCACUCUCUAAAAGACUCCUACCCUCUAUCAAAGAGUCCGGGGCAUAUGUGUUCCUGCCACCACAUCUCCCUAGUGGUUAGGAUUCGGCGCUCUCACCGCUGUUGCCCAGGUUUGAUUCACGGUCAGGGACUACACUUUUUAUAAACUUCCUAAGAAUGUCAGACAACCCUAACCCAGUGACCACAACUCACCAAAUGUGAGAGUGCCAAAUCCUAACCACUAGACCACCAGGGUGGUGACAGGCACACAUAUCCACUAGACCAGGGGUAUUCAAAUCCUACCCUGCAAGGUCCGGAGCCUGCUGGUUUUCUGUUCUACCUGAUGGGUAAUUGCACCUACCUGGUGUCCCAGGUCUAAAUCAGUCCCUAACAAUGGGGGGGAUAAAGCAGUGGAACUGGCUUCGAGGUACAGAUUUGAAUUUGAGGGCGAUAGACUAUUUGUUUGGAUGGGAGGAGUCUGUCAGUGGGAUUAUGGCUGUAUUAAAGCAGUUUGCCAUCAGGGGUGAUCAUUAUGAUAAGGGCAAGUGUUGAAUCUGUUGGGUUAACAUGGCUAUUACAACCUAUUUUACACUCUUGAAUAGCCUACCUCUCGUUUUACCAAUUAAUUCAGGGUUGAAUCCUAACUUGAGAAACAAAUGCCUAACUCAGACUUUUAAAAAGUGUGUUCCCUGACCGGGAAUCUAACCCAGGCCACGGCAGUGAGAGCACCGAAUCCUAACCAUGAGACCACCAGGGAGAUGUAUCUUUAGUGUGAACAUUUGUCCACUGGGCUGUGUGGCAUGUGUAACAGAAGGGGGGGUCUCUAAAAGAUGUCAGUUUAGCCCCGUGUCUGGGUGAUGUAAACCCAGCUAUAUACACAACUACAAAUCCUGGUUUUACCUCGGUCUGCCGUCACUGUGAAUGUGAACCCUGGAUUCUCAUGAACAUUUCUAUAGACCACGCCUCUACCUUCCAGGCCUCUUACUGGAGUAAAACAAUAGGGACUCCAAUGUUUUAGCGUUCUACCACAGCAUGAGGCGUUCAUGUGCUUUGCAGACUUACCUGGGGGUUUGAGAACCUGGGUUUCUAAAACCUUGGUAGAAGCAAAGUUUGUAUGUAUACAGGACUUUUGUAGGAUGACAGACUGUUACCAGCGUGAGUAUUUUCUCACCCUACAGGUUGAGUGGUUUUAUUGUGACUAGAGAUUGGUUUCUUCAGUUAGACGUUUUCCUCUGGGUCAUCUAUUGAUCAGUGACUGUAUGAAAAGUGUGUUCCCUGACCGGGAAUCGAACCCGGGCCGCGGCGGUGAGAGCGCCGAAUCCUAACCACUAGACCACCAGGGAGCUCUGUUUUGAGCCUGAAUGCAUGUCAUAUGGAAUUACAUGGAAGGUGUGAAAAAAGGGAGGAGCCUUUCCGAGAGAGCUGUAUUAUACCAGACUGCCACCAGGGUGAGCACUUUCUUACCCUAAGCAACCAGCCCCCACCCCCAUCCUUCCACCCCACAGAGGCAGAUGGAGGACAAAUGAUUAGUUUCUGCUGACACAGAAAAUUUGCUGGCGGCCGUGAGCAUUUAAACUGCGAUUAAACUAAUUUAACCCAUAACUCAGUGUUGCUUUGAGUGUCAUCCAUCCAGGCAGUGUGGCUUCCUUUGGUCUAAUUUCCAAACUCAUCUCUCUCUCUCAGAUCCUGUUCUCGGCUGACGAUGAGAUGGACGACUCGUCAGAGGAGGAUGUGCGCCGACUCACUGGCCUCAAGACGGUCAAGAAGAAGAAGCACCGUAUGGGGAUCCCUGUUUGACCUGGGCCUACCCAGUCUGACCUGGUCUGACCCACUCCCGUGUCCACUCACAUCCCCACUCUCUCCCUCUCCAGGCCCUGCUGCCCUGACUGGAGCCUGCUGGGAACCUGUACUUGAUUCCUCUAACAGCAGUCUGGGAUUGGUCUCUAUGUGGAGUGAGUAGGGUGCCUUUGUAGGGAGGUGGGAUCAUGGAGGACUGCAGAUCAUGGAGCCUAUUAGACUGCCUUUACUACACAUUCACAUGGAACUCCAGCAGCCUGUACACUGGGAAUAGAAACACAUGGAAAGGAUUUUACUGCAGCUAAGCACAUACCAUGUCUAUAUGACAUUUCACCAUAGAUCUAUCCCUGGUGUUUCAGUGACACUCGUUGGGGAAAUGAAUCUUGAUAUGGAUGUUGGGAAAACUGUUAACACUGGUCUAUAAUAGGGGGGUUUGAGUUUGUGAUGCAGUAUAAUUGCUAGCACCCUUCACUAAAGAUCCUAUUAAAUUACUAUUAUUAUUCUAAUUCUUAAUUCUGUUCCACACUGACUCUUCAGAGGUCCAGAAUGAUAUUACUGCAUCUGGUUAAGCUGUGAAUGGGUGUUACUUUUUCUGUGGUUUAGCAGGUGACCUUGGUUGGAUGUAGACGGAGAGAACAGGCACCUGGUAUUGAACUCAGUGUUUUCCCCUGCCUUUAAGUAAACCUCUGUCAUUUUAACAUUUUAAUACAUUUGAUAUGCUUCCGAAUCAAAACGUGAUUGUAUUCCUCAUCUAGAUUCUAUAUAUAAAGUGUCUGUCUCAUCCUCAGCUAGGCUGACUGCUAUGGCCUGUUAUAGGAGUUGGUGGAGUGUGUGUGUCUGUGUGAACAUUUCCAUUCGUGCAUGACUAAGGGAAUGUGGGAGGUGUGGUUUGAUGUGCCAAUGGAGGCUUUGCUCUGUAAAGAUGCAGUGUUUUAUAAUAACCACAGCACUCACAUUUCUAACUGUUUCAACCUCUACAUGACUGCAGAGGGAGGACAGGUCAGAACAGUGCAGCUUGGGCGUGUGUGUUCCCAGUUAUCACUGGUCCAUGGAUGUUCUUUGUGUUCAUUCUUUGUUUUUGACAAUGUCCCUGUGUGAACUUACCAUGUUUGUGAGUGUUCAUUUUGUGCCCCAGAUCUUUAGACAGUAGCAUUCAGUUGGUUUGGCUCAGAUGUUGAGAAUGUGACAGAAGCACAGACCUAGAGUGUGAGUGACUUUUGGAGCCGACAGUACAGCCUACAGAGCAGUGCAGGUAUGUUUGGAUGUAUGAGUGUGUUUGUCUUAAUGCUCCUGUUCAAAGGAAGGAGUGGGGAUAAAUUAAAUGUGAUGAUGACCAUGGUGCUGAUGAUGAACAGUUUGACAAUGAUUAUGUUGUUGGCUGAAACAUAGGAAUAAAUGACGGUAGGGUUUGGUAAAGGGUGGUACAGCGUCAUAAAACACUUCUGGUCGCCCUCUGCUCAACAAAGAGGGAUUUUAGUACUUUGCAAAAAAUAACUAGAUAAUUAAAAUGACUGACACAUUAAGGACUUACAUUACCAUUAUAUUUGCUUUUGCAAUAAAGUUAGUAAAACACUGAAAUAGAA